AUGGAUCUUACGCCAUGGCUGUUCUUUCUUCUCCUCGCCUUCUUCUUGAAUCCAUUAAGCACCUCUUCUUCUUCUUUGAGCCGUUACAUUAUUCAAAUAGAAGAGCCGAUUGAGUUGCUGGUGGAAGCAAGCCUGAAGAGGUGGCACGAAUCUUUCCUGCCGCCGGCCGUCGAGGGGUCUAGCGUCGAACCACGGCUGCUGCACUCCUAUAGCGACGUCUUCAGCGGGUUCGCCGCCACGCUGACAGACGAAGAGUUGCAGGUGAUUAGGAAGAAAAGAGGCUUCGUGCGCGCGUUCCCCGAUCGAGUGCUGCGCUUGAUGACCACCCACACUCCGGAUUUCCUCGGACUUGAGGUCGGGAGUAAGGGGGUAUGGAACGACUCAAAGCUCGGGAGCGGAGUCAUCAUCGGAGUUCUCGACUCCGGCGUGACGCCUGGCCAUCCUUCCUACAACGACGAGGGCGUCCCGCCUCCACCCUCAACUUGGAAGGGCUCGUGCGAGCUCGAGACCGGUUGCAACAACAAGCUGAUCGGCGCCAGGUCGAUGAUCGCUGGCACGGCCGUCGGGAUGGCCCCUCGGGCUCACCUCGCCAUCUACCAGGUCUGCGACCUCAAUGGCAAGUGCAGUAUCGCUGAUGCCCUCGCCGGGUUGGACGCAGCUGUUAAGGAUGGCGUCGACAUCCUCUCUCUCUCAAUCGGCGACCGUUCCAUGCCUCUUGAUCAAGAUCUCAUCGCCAUCGGUUCAUUCGCGGCGGCCAAGAAGGGCAUCUUCGUCAGUUGCGCCGGUGGCAACGAUGGACCUGUUGAAAAUUCCGUCUCCAACGAGGCACCGUGGAUGCUCACCGUGGCGGCCAGCAGCGUCAAUCGAAGCUUCAGGGCCUUCGUGAAGCUUCCCGGUGGGAAGGUGAUCUCCGGAGAGUCUCUCGACCAACCUAGCAACUUUACUAAAAGCUCUCUUCCCCUAUAUUACUCCACCGAGUCACCGACCUGUGACAUGGAUCCUCCCGAUGAUAGCCACAGGGGCAGUGUCUGGGUCUGCGAGGCUGACAUCAGCCGUGUUGUAGGUGUGGCGGCAUUCGCCAAGUCCCACGGUGCCAGGGCGUUGAUUUCCAUUUCCCCGAAGAUAGAGGGUGCCACCGUCCGGAUUACCAAGAUGGACUUUCCCGGAGUUAUGCUUGCCAACCAAGAAGGCUCCGAACUCAUAUCGUAUUGGAACUCUGCUUCCGACCCCUUCGCGUCGAUCAUCUUCAGUGGGAUGGUUCUCAACGUAUCCUCCAACCCAACCGUGGCUUUUUUCUCUUCCCGAGGGCCAUCUCAGGCAUCACCGGGAAUCCUAAAGCCAGACAUCUCCGGCCCUGGCCUUAACAUCUUCGUGGCCUAG